GAGGGCGCACAGCGGUGACGUCACCGGAUUCGGAGAGAUGUUAGAGGAGCUGAGGAGAGCGGGGAGCCCCGGGACCCUGAUCAUCACAGACUCCGCCUUCCUUAGUGGCCGACCACUCCUCCACAGUCUGAUUGUAUCUGCAGUACAGAGAGGGGAGCACGUUCACAUCUUCAGCUUUGAGUUUCCCGCGGAGGAGUUUGUGGCCGGAGUUCCCGAUGACGUGGUGUCCAGACACGCCCCCUGUAGCUGUGACACGCCCCCUGUAGCUGUGACACGCCCCCUGUAGCUGAUACAUUCCCCUUUAGCUGUGACACGCCCCCUGUAGCUGAUACACUCCCCUUUAGCUGUGACACGCCCCCUGUAGCUGAUACACUCCCCUUUAGCUGUGACACGCCCCCUGUAGCUGAUACGCUCCCCCUGUCCUGCUGUGCACCAUGUGAUGGGUGUGGUGUUUCCUCCUCAGGGUCACAUGAUGUGCGUCUCCUGACAUUGCUGCACAGGGAUGUGGAGGUGGGCGGGCGGGGCUCUGCGGUCGGUGUGUGCGCUCUGCGACUCUGUGCUGGAGGUGAGCGGGGGAGGAGCGCGGCUCGGGGUCACCAUCACCAACCGCAAGACUUCCGGGAAGGUUGUCACCACAAAGGAAGUCUUCCGGGUCCUCCAGGACUUCUCCAUAGAGACAGAAUCCGAGCCACAGAGCAGAACCGAGGUGGAUCCUUCGGUGAAUCUGACAUUUAAUCUUCAUCUUUCUGAGACUGAUAGAGAGCAGAAGGAAUCUGCGACCCUCCCAUACACCUUCAGUGAGAGCAAGAAGUCAUCUCUUCUGCAAAGUUCCAGCAGCUCCGCCAAAAUCUUCUACGAUCCCGACCCUGAUGAUGACCUGGAUGAUGAGGAUCCAGAUGAUGAUCUGGAUGUGUGA